AUGAUGGAGCCUGAGGUUGAUGUUGAGGAGGUGGAGGUGGCGGUGUCAGCUGCAACACCUGCCUUGGCAUGGUCUGAAGCGGAUUUGGUCGAGUCGGGGUUCGAGGUCCAAGUGCUGACGGUUGAUGAUGAGGUAUUGGCAACAGAACUAUUGUAUCGUUUGAUGAUGAAGUUGACGUCGUCGAUGUGA